GUUCGGACUGGUGAUGGCUGUCUUGAGGGCAGGUUCUGGUGUGGUUCCCAGUGGUGACGACUCGAUCUCCCGCUCCGGAUCCUGAGACCAGAACCAUGCUUCUCCCUCGUUUUGUGAAACCAGGGGAGGGGUGCCGGGGGUGUCCAGGGUCCCGGUGACAAAAGGGCGCCUCUCUCGUUCCUGUGUUCUGCCCGAUUAAAGGCAGAUCCGUCGCUUCCAUUCACUGAUAAAAGCUUUCAGGAAAUGAAUGAAGUUCUGGGGUGUUGGUGGAGUUGAAGAGAUCUCCUCCUCCUCAUCGUUAUCUAUCCGGAACUCGUGAGGUCAUGAGUCGCAUCCAUCAAUUUUCACUGAGACGGGAAGGAACUUGCACCUUCUGACGGCGUAGCGUCAUGUGGGAUGCCUCCAUCGUCACCUCCCAAGACCGACGGUGCACCAAAAAACAUCGGCUCUCGUCGACAAGCAUCACCACCGCUCUACCAACGUCAUUGUCCAGUGCGUCAGGUACAACCACCGAAGUCUCGAAUACGCCAUUGCCUUCGGAAUCCUCGCCAUCGCCGGUGCCUUUGAAUGGCCCAGAUCAUGGAGUCACACCUACUUGCGAACCACCACCAUCGACAACCACCACAACUACAACCACAACGGCAAGCGCUUGUUCAUUUGUCUCGGAAGGGAACACAUUUUCCGUCACCACGGUUACCACAACAACAAUACCGUCAUCUCAGGCUCACGCUGUCGAGUCGGCCCCCCCUCCUCUCACUCCCGCGGCAAAUGGCCCCCCCGACCAGUCAGGCAAGUCUUCAUCAUCGACUCCAGCAUCAGCAGCAAGCAAUUCGACUGUGGCUGCGGCUAGUACAGCUUCAUCGAGUCAUGUGUUACGGUCUUCCGAUCUGCCUAUAGCCACAGCCAGCACGGCUUCGUCAAGCAUCUCUUUGCAGUCAUCCAGUCACGAUGAUUCCAAACCCGCUCUGUCAGCCGUCUUGGGGGGCACUUUAGGGGCAACUGCGUUUAUCUUGAUCGGUUUUCUUAUAUGGUUCCUGGUUAGACGGCAUCGCCGUCGUCAAGAAGGUCGUGACUCGGCCAGUCUUCCUGAAAGUGAGCAACAGUUCUCAUACGGAAACCCAUUUGAACAACUACCUCGGCCUCCCAGUUCUAUAUACAGCCAUUACUCGCACCUACGGCCGGUCGCCAUGGAAGACCCAUUUGCGGAUCCCCCAGGAAACAGUCUCCGAGAGAGCUACAGCCCACAUGUUUCCUCUUGCUUCCCGUCUCCGCUGGUGAUAGCAAAACGAUGCAGCAAGCGGAGCGCAUAAGAUUCUUUUUUUACGCAAGUGAGGCAAGCAAUCAGCCUGCGCUUGGAUGCUGGACACCAUGCAUAACAGUAUAUUAAUGCAUUAUUUAGUUCUUCUUGAUACUAUGGAGACUCGCUCUGUAGUGUUCUCUUGUUUACCUCUGUCGCAAGCUGCGCUUUAUGAUUCGAAAUGGUUUCUUUUGCAUCAAUGGGUGGUAUUCAUUGCAUAGUGAUAUAUAUAGAGAUAUAGAGAUAUAUAUAUUUACAGGUUAUUAACUUAUACUUUUAAAUUAUGGAUCGAGAACCCUUUGAUAAGUUGCUGUUGGUACUGAAACUGCC